AUGCUUGAUAUUUCUAAUUAUGGACAAAGAGUUGAUCAUCAUAGAGAUAUGCAUAUGGAUAUCGAUCACAUGUCUUAUGAGGAGCUUCUUGCAUUAGGUGAGCAGAUUGGGAAUGUUGGAUCGGGGUUAUCAGAGGAUUUUAUUUCAGGUUAUUUGAAAACAAGGGUAUUUAUGUCUUCUAAGUUGGAAGUUGUUUCAUCUGCUAAUCAAGAAGUUAGUUUCCGCACAAUUUGUCUGAUGGAAUACAAUGAUCAAGAAAGAAUCGGAAUGUUGGAUUGCAGUCAUGGAUACCAUGUGGACUGCGUCAAGAAAUGGCUAACCGUUAAAAACACAUGCCUAAGGGGAAAUUAG